AUGACGUCUCCAAAGUUGGUCUUAUAUCUGACGUGUUUGUUCUUGGGAAACAUCGACUCAGCUACUUACUACUGUGCAACUUACUCUAACAUUGUGGUGAAUUUUGCGGAAGGCUCUAUUAUUGGUGUCAAAGGUUCAGGUUUAAACCCCCCAGCUUCGGUCCAUCAGUCAGCAUAUGAGAUCAUCCAGUCAGGAGACUCUGUGACUCUGAACUGUACAGUACACACUGGCAGCUGUGAUGGAGAACACAGUGUUUACUGGUUCAAAAACUCUGAGGACUCUCCAGGACUCCUUUACACCCGUGGAGGCAGUCAGUGUGAGAGGAAACCCAACACACAACCACACACCUGUGUGUACAACCUUCCAAUGGAGAGCCUGAAUAUUUCUCAUACUGGGACCUACUACUGUGCUGUUGCCUCUUGUGGACACAUACUGUUUGGAAAUGGGACUGAGCUGGACUUUGAAGAUGAGGUUGACUCUCUUGUGUAUUUCUUAAGUGGAGCUUUAGCGUUCAACUCCAUUCUGGUCGUUUUACUGGCUUUCUUAGUGUACAAGAUGAAAAAGAGAAGCAUCUGCCAAUCAACAGAGUCUGAAGCAAGAUUAUCAACUCCCUCUACAGCAAAUGCAGAG